AUGUUUCACAAAAGCUACAGUAACUUUGUGAGAGCAAGUGCACUCGAAGAGGAACAGCGUUCGACAAUACAGCAAAAGAAGCCAGUUUUAAGUGGAGACGAAGCUCGUAGAAUAUACCUUGAAGAAAUAAAAAAUGGAAGUACCACACAACCAAGCAAAUGUAAAACGGGAAAACAUAAAAAAGUCGAUAAAGAAGAAGACAUACCAUUGACAAACAAGUAUUUAUUCUUAACAGUACAAAACAAUGAUGUUGACAAAAUUAGAUAUAUUUUAGAUAGGUGCCCUGAUAAGAUAAACAUAGUUGAUGAUUACGGGUGGAGUUUGCUCAUGAUAGCUUGUCAGGCUAAUUCCAUAGAAACUACUCAAGAGUUGCUUAAGAGAGGUGUAGAUAUUUCUAUCAGAGAUAAAGCUGGUAAUUCCGCUCGCAGCUUAGUGAUAAAGAACAAAAACUAUACCUUAGCUGAUAUAUUACUUAAUCAUAGAGAGACACAAAGCACACAGCAUGUAAACCAAGACAGAAUUGAAGUUAAAUCAUGGGAAGAUUACACAUGUGAUAUUUGUAGUAAAACAUUUCCCAACAGAGAGGAACAUUUAUCUUCAACAAUACACAACAUAUGUGCAAGUAAAGGUAAAAAGAUAUUACCACAUUAUGUAAUACCAACAUCAAAUAGGGGUUACCAGUUACUGUUAAAAGGAGGUUGGGAUAGAGACUCUGGGUUAGGAAGGGAUGGGACAGGAAAAAAGUAUCCAAUUAAAACUAUACAGAAAAGAGACAGGAAAGGCCUUGGACAUAAGAAGAAUGAACAAAAUGUGAAAUCAACGGAAAAUGGUAUAAAAGUCAAGAGCAAAGAAAUGUUUGCACACAACAUUAAAAAAAAUAGAAGACUUGAAAUAAACUUUAGGAGAGAAUUUUAUUAA